GUUUUUAUAAACCCUGUCUUAAACCCACGAUAGUCAAUAAUUCUUCCACAGCCUCCAAACAAAAGGCUUCUCAGCUUCCGCCUCUAAAUAUACAUACAUAAAGCAUACCUUCCCCCAAGCUGGGAAUUUCAAGGUUUAAAUUCAACUUUUUCUUUCAACUGGAACUUGAAUAUGAUUCAGGGUGCAUCAGAGGCCGUUGAGGCGGUUCACUUCAGUUUCAUGACAGAUGAAGAAGUUCGUAGGCAUAGUAUUGUAAAAGUCACAAGCCCUAAUUUGCUUGAUACAAUAGGGAAUCCAGUGCCUAAUGGGCUCUAUGAUCCGGCAAUGGGUCCCCUUGAUGAGCGUUCUCCGUGUAAAUCAUGUGGCCAACGUAACUGCUCUGGUCACUGUGGUCAUAUUGAACUUGUUUCACCGGUCUACAAUCCCUUGCUUUUCAAUAUGCUGCACAAUCUUCUGCAAAGAACAUGCUUUUAUUGUUUCCAUUUUAGGGCAUCAAGAGCAGAGGUUGAAAAGUGUGUUUCUGAAUUAGAGUUAAUUGCAAAAGGUGAUGUUGUUGGGGCCAAAACGAUGGAUGCCCUUUCUCCUGAUGAAUCUAGUGAUCGGGAGGAAAGUGAAGGCAGCCAUAUGUCAUGCACAAUGGAUGAUUUGAAUAGGCAAGAUCAGUGUGAGUACAAUAAGAGGCCAUCUUGGGACAAUUUCCAGUUUAUUGAAGCUAUGGUAGUUAUCGAUAGAAUUCUCAAGACGAAAUCUGGGAAAUGUAGCAACUGUGACGCAAAAAAUCCAAAGAUCACCAAACCUAGUUUUGGACGGUUUCAUAUGGAUAUCUCAAGUAAGCAAAUUAGGGACAAUUCUAUCAAAAGUGAUCGCAGGUUCAAUCUGCAUUACACUGGCGGAAGUGAGGAAAAUCCUUCCCCUGAGGUGGUAAAUGUCACCGAGCCAUCAGUGGAAGAUGAAACCAGCUUAUUUGUGACUUCUUCAGAUGGAUUAGAAAAUCCUAAGGCACGUGGGAAGCAAGGGGUUGACCAGUCUGAUGUGAUUGAGAAGCAACAAAAGGACUCAUUUUCAGUAGCACAUUUACCAUCUCAGGUCAGAAAUAUUAUAGAGCAUUUAUGGGAAAACGAAGCUCCUCUUUGCACAUUCUUCUGUGAUAUUCAGAGCCAGCACCGUAAUACACCUGGCAACGUGGCUGGGCCCUCUAUGUUCUUUUUGGAGUCCAUUCUUGUACCACCAGUCAAGUUCCGCCCUCCAGCCAAAGCGGGUGACUCUGUUAUGGAACAUCCACAUACGGUUCUUCUUGGCAAGGUCAUUCAGUCAAAUAUCGCUUUGGGAAAUGCUCAUAUCAACCGGGUUGGAAGGUCUAAGAUCAUUAGCCGCUUGAUGGAUCUUCAACAAUCUGUAAAUGUGCUGUUUGAUAGCAAAACAGCUUCUGAGGGUGACUCCUUGGAAUGCUAAUAAAAUGAGAGAAGCUAUAAUCAAUGGGCCUGAUAACCAUCCUGGGGCUUUCUCUUUUGCCGAUAGAAUAUCUACUGUGAAACUACCAUCAAGCAAAAGGGCACGUGUAGCAAUAUCUAGAAAAUUGCCUUCCUCAAGUGGGAUGGUGACUCAAUCUGGGAGGAACGAUGAAUAUGAAUUUGAAGGAAAAGUUGUUCAGCGGCACUUACAAGAUGGGGAUAUUGUUCUUGUGAAUAGACAGCCUACGCUUCACAAACCCAGUAUAAUGGCCCACGUUGUCCGUGUACUGAAAGGAGAAAAAACUCUUCGCAUGCACUAUGCUAAUUGCAGUUCCUAUAAUGCCGAUUUUGAUGGUGAUGAAAUGAAUGUCCACUUUCCACAAGAUGAAAUUUCUCGUGCUGAAGCAUAUAACAUUGUAAAUGCUAAUGAACAGUACAUUGUCCCGACUAAGGGAGAUACAGUUAGAGGCUUGAUUCAGGAUCAUAUUGUAGGCGCAGUGAUUCUUACCAUGAAGAAUACUUUUUUGACUCUUCAUGAGUUCAACCAGCUUCUGUAUGGAUCUGGUGUGUUUGCUGCUGGGCCUUGUCCUACUUCUGGCAAUCACUCAAAUAAAGUGUCUGUAGUAGAUUCUGAAGGUGUUGUGCAGACUAUCUUGCCUGCUGUGUGGAAACCAAAGCCUCUAUGGACAGGGAAGCAGGUCAUCACUGCAUUACUAAAUCAUCUUACAAAUGGUUGUGCACCUUGUACUGUGAAAAACAAAGGGAAAAUUCCAUAUCCGUAUUUCCUGAGCCAGAGUCGCCUAGCUGAGUAUCAGUCAAGAGAAGAAGAAGAAGAUAGAACCGCUGAAAAUAAGUUCUUAAUUUGGAGAAAUGAGCUUGUACGUGGUGUAAUCGACAAGGCCCAGUUUGGAAAGUUUGGUUUAGUUCACACAAUUCAGGAGCUUUAUGGAUCCAACAAAGCAGGCAUUUUACUUUCUGCUCUGAGUCGUUUAUUUACUAUUUUCUUGCAGCUGCAUGGCUUCACUUGUGGUGUUGAUGAUCUUGUCAUCUUACCAAAUUACGAUAUUCGGAGGAAGGAGGAACUUGAAGGAGAGGAUGUUGGUGAAGAGGCUCAUUGUGAUUUUGUGAAGUUCAAGCGUGGAGAAAUAGGCCCUUUGGAGCUCCAACUAGAAAUUGAGAAAGCAGUAAGUAGCAACAAAGAAGCUGCCACAGCAGCCUUAGACAUGAAGAUGAAAAAUAAAUUGGCAAAUAAAGGCUCACAAUUUAAUAAAGAGUUGCUGCUAAAAGGACUGUUGAAACCUUUCCCCAGAAACUGUAUCGCACUUAUGACAAUUACCGGAGCAAAGGGAAGUACGGUUAAUUUUCAACAAAUUUCCUCUUAUCUGGGACAACAAGAGUUGGAAGGAAAGCGAGUACCACGAAUGGUUUCUGGGAAAACUUUGCCCUGUUUUCCACCAUGGGACUGUGCUUCCAGGGCAGGAGGUUAUGUCAGUGAUCGCUUUCUUUCUGGACUUCGUCCCCAGGAGUACUAUUUUCAUUGCAUGGCUGGUCGUGAAGGAUUGGUUGAUACUGCUGUCAAAACAUCUCGCAGUGGAUAUCUGCAAAGGUGCUUGAUAAAAAACCUGGAAUCUCUUAAAGUCUGUUAUGAUUAUACCGUGCGUGAUGCAGAUGGUUCAAUUAUCCAAUUUUAUUAUGGAGAAGAUGGUGUUGAUGUACAUCGAACAAGUUUCCUCAAAAACUUCAAAGCACUGAAAGAUAAUCAAGAAACCAUUAGCCAAAAGUUGCGUCACAGAUGCAAACUCAAUUCCUAUAUUGAGAAAUUGCCCGAAGGCCUGGAAGAAAAAGUGAAGCACUUCUGGGAGAAAAAAGGAAAGAAGUUAGAGAAGAAAUUAGAGAAGCUAGUGAAGAAGGAAGAGAUAUUGAAGCAACUGAAAGCGGAGGAGGUGGAUUUUCUAGAAUUAGUAGGGCAAAAGUACUUCUCAAGUCUGGCAGAUUCAGGAGAGCCAGUUGGUGUCCUUGCUGGUCAGUCAGUCGGUGAACCUUCAACCCAAAUGACACUAAACACUUUUCAUCUUGCGGGCCGUGGAGAAAUGAAUGUCACUCUUGGAAUUCCUCGUCUUCAGGAGAUUUUGAUGACUGCCUCUGAUACUAUUAAGACUCCUAUCAUGACGUGCCCCUUCCUAGGCUGGAAAUCAAAGGAUGAUGCCCAGUCUCUUUUGGCAAAAGUAAAGAAGAUCACUGUCGCAGAUAUGAUUGAGAGUAUGGAGGUCAAUCUUUUGCCGCUAUCAAUCCACAACCAUCAAGUUUCUCAACUUUACAAACUCACAGUGAUGCUCAAAAAGCAUGAUUUUGUGUCAUCAGAAGAUUGCGAGUAUACCCUAACAUAUGUGUUCUUAAGGGAGUUGGAGGAUGCAAUAGAAAGUCAUUUGGCCUUGCUCUCUAAAAUUAAUGGCAUACAGAACUUCAAGUCAAGCUCGGAAUCAGUGGCUUCAAAUGAGACUGAAGAAAAUUCUUCUAGCACCAGACAUGAAGAGGGGGAUGAUGAUGAUGACGACGAUGAAGCUGAGGAUGAAAGAACUGAAGAUCUUAGUUCAGACGCACUAAAAAGAAAACUGCAAAGCACAGAUGAGAUGGAUUAUGACGAUGCUUCUGAAGAAGAACCUGAGACCACUGCUGAAGUUGAAGAAGAGAAAAGUGACCAAGCGGAUGAUAUUGGAAACGGUGAUGAAGAGGAAAUUGGAGACCAUGGCAAUGAAGAGCAGACAUCUAAGUUGCAUUCUAAGGAAGAGGACAUAGCAAAUACCCAAAAAAGUAAAUCAAGGACCAAAACAACCGUCAAACAGAAGAAAAAGAAAGAAAGACGUAGCAGAAAGGAUUCAGACAGGAGCGUCUUUGUUGCUGUGGACGGACUGCAUUUUGAGGUCCACUUUAGAUUGGUCAAUGAACCUCAUAUCUUGUUAGCUCAGGUUGCCCAGAAGACUGCAAAGAAAGUGUAUAUUAAGAACUCCGGUAAAAUCGACCAGUGCAGAAUGGUCAAGUAUGAAGUAACUGAAAAUACUGUGAUGUGGGAUGAAAAGCAAACAAAGCAACAAAGCCAAGACACUGAUUCUGCUUAUUGGGCACUGAAAGCAGCCGGAGUGGAUUUUCGCACCUUCUGGGAAAUGCAAGAUGACCUUGAUGUUAGUCGUAUAUACACGAACAAUAUUCGUGCUAUGCUGAACACCUACGGAGUUGAAGCUGCUCGGGCAUCACUCAUAAGAGAGGUCAAGACUGUUUUCGGUAUAUAUGGAGUGGAGAUUGAUUAUCGACAUUUGAGUCUAAUAGCCGAUUUCAUGACCCAUACCGGUGGAUACCAGCCAAUGAGCAGACACGGAAGCAUAUCCGAGUCUCUGUCACCUUUCCUUAAGAUGUCAUUUGAAACGGCUUCCAAAUUCAUAGUCGAAGCCGCGGCUCACGGCUUAACUGACUACUUAGAAACACCAUCCUCCAGAAUUUGCUUAGGUUUGCCAGUGAAGAUGGGCACUGGUUGUUUUGACAUAAUGCAGAAGCUAGAUAUUUGAAUAUUUUAUGUAUAAGCAUUAUGAUGUUUUAUUAUUUGUAAGUGUCUAAUAUAGUAAUUAUUUGUUGUUUGUUUUUA